CUGUAGGAUCAGCCGAUUGGUUACUUGCGCGAGUGAUUGAGAGGGUGGGGCUAAAGUAUCGUGCGUCACUGCUGCGGGUUUGAGAGUGGACUAGAACUUGGCAGCUUCGUGGUCGUAUUGACUUCCGGAAUCCGUAUCAAAACUGCACCUGGACAAUGGAAAACCAUAUUUCAGAAGACCCACUUUCCACAGUUUCCAAGGACAUCAUACUGAAAGAGGAGACCCUCUUGAAGGGGAAGUGGGUACAGCUUGCAGAAACAACAUAUGUAGAUCAAAAUGGACAAACCAGAACCUGGGAAACUGUAAAACGAACAACGAGAGUUGAAGGAAGUUUGGCUGAUGGUGUAGCAAUAAUACCUGUCUUACAGAGAACUUUGCACUAUGAGUGUAUGGUGCUCAUCAAACAGUUCCGACCACCAAUGGGCUGUUACUGUCUGGAAUUUCCUGCAGGACUCAUUGAUGAAAAUGAAAGUCCACAACAAGCAGCUCUGCGGGAGCUUGAGGAAGAGACUGGGUACAAAGGAGAAGUCAUAGAAUGCUCCCCAGUUUCUUGCUUGGAUCCUGGAUUAUCUAAUUGUACAACAUAUGUUGUUACUGUACAUAUAAACGGGGAUGACCUUGUAAAUAACAAACCUAAACCCAAACUUGCGGAUGGAGAAUUUGCUGAAACAAUUCUGCUUCCCAGGAUGGAACUGCGCAAGUGUAUUGACGAACUUGUGGCAAAGGAGAAGCUUGUGGUGGAUGCUAGAGUAUAUACAUAUGCUUUAGCCCUGGAGCAUGCUGUAGCAAAGCCUUUUGAGCUUCCAUUCCUAAAGUGUUAGCACUGCUAACAUAUAUAUUGCUUCUGGAUAGAGUCAAAUAAUUAAGAUCUGUAAACUGAACAACAUUCCCUAAAUACAAAGUAAAAUGGACUAAUAGAAUAAACAUAAACUGGAAAUGCUUUGUUUUUCCUUUUAAAACCCCAGAACAUUUAAGUAACAUAAAGGAUCUAAAACUGCUAUGGUCAAAGUUUGUAUUUCACAGUGUUUCUAGUGCUAAGCAUUUUACCAUAUUGUUUAUUUUCCUUUCUUAUAGUUCUCUCUCCAUUGGUUUAUAACAAAGAGAAAAACAUAUAGAUGAAAAUGUAUACAAAGCUGUGUCCCAGUGAGUUGCUGUCUGUGUAUAGGGGUUCUGCACUGCAUAGAGCUGUUGUAAGUUUAUCUUGUAAAGCAGAGUUAGGUGCUAAUAUGGUAAUGUAAUAAUUCAUAAAUGAAAAAACUAUUUGCAUAAAUAAGGAAUUACCAUUUCUCUAGAACAUUCUUCAUUAGACCGUUCUAUAUAUGCAAAUUUUAAUUGUACAUAGUAUAUUUUUAAGGCCUGAUCAAGUAAUUUCAUUAUAUACAGUACAUAUUGCAAUGGUGUUAAAAUGUGCUCACUUUUUUCACUUACAGAUGGGCUGCUAAAUACUUUUGCAGAUACACAAAAUCUGUUAAAAUGUUACAAAGGAAACAUUUUUGAAUUACACGCAUGUUAAUAACUUGUAUUACAUUUUUUUUAUAAAUGUUCUGUUAAGGGAGAAUGAAAGGCAUCACUCCAGUGAUGCUAAUGACUUACUAAAACUAAGCUUAGCUCCUUAGCCUACUUUUCUCCCAAGUGUGGUGCUUCUAAAUUGUGCUAGUUUAACAGGUAAUCCCUGGGUGAGAGUAUACACUGUACAGAACGUCACUAGUUUUGGUAUUGUGCAUGCAUACAGCAUCACCAGGUGUAGGGUAUGCCUGGGAAAGUGAAAACUUAUCACUGUGUGCUCAGAUAAAAAGUAACCUUGGUUGGUACUGUUAUUUAAAAA